AUGAAAGGCCCCGAAAGCUCGAAAAGGGCAGUACCCAUAAAGAAAAAAGAAGCAGAAACCCAUAUGGUGGGAACUGGGAGCCACCACACUUCUAAUCCUUACCCAGUUCAGCCACGACCUCGAUAUCGCCCACCUCCAAACUUUUAUUAUCCUCCCCAAAGCCCUUACUAUCAAGCACCUCCUCCUUACCCCGUCUACGCCACAGAUAACCAAAGACCAUUUGCCAUGUUCCCACCAAAUAGCAUGCCUGCUCAAAGCCAACCCAAAAAUGAACAAAGACCGACAAGAUCUAAUCUUAAAAAACCCCAGUUCACCCUAAUUCCCGUGUCAUACGGAGAGCUGUACCCAAAACUGUUGGAAAAACAAUUAAUAUCCCCACAUUAUAUGGCACCCUUGAAGCCUCCAUACCUAUGGUACGAUCCUAAUGCUAGUUACAUAUAUCACGCUGGAAACCAGGGGCAUUUUACAGAAAAUUGUUUGGCCUUUAAAAGGAGGGUUCAAGGUCUUAUUGAUGCAAGCAUUCUACGAUUUGAUGGUGCGGGCAAUACGGCUGGAAAUCCACUCCCUAACCACACUAAAGGGAAUGUGAGCGCGGUGGUAAAAGAAGACAAGUGGCGUGCCAAAAGUUGUGUUUCUGAAAUAAAGACACCACUGCGAAAGAUUUGGGAGGGGCAUGACAUCCAGUCUUGUGAAGGAUUCAUAAAACUACUUCAAGACAUGAUGGACAACAAGGAAGUCGAGAUCUUUAACAAAAUGAAAGAGACCGAUAAAGAAGAAGUAUGCACUUCUGAUAAUCAAUCAUCAGGUUUCCCUUAUAGUGCUGAUCGACCAUUGGUGAUUUAUUACGAUGCAAAAAAGGAGCAAGUGAAACCAAAAAUGAUAAUUGAAGUACCAUCCCAUUUCUUUUACAAAGACAAUAGGCAGUACCAUGGAAAUAUGAUGUCAACAUUAUCAUACCUGAAGGCGAAAAAAUCCAAAGUCACGACCGGAAAUGUUGGUGAAGUAGGACACUUCACCCGCAGCGGGAGGUGUUAUUCUAAAGCGGUCGAACCAAUGAAGAAGACUGAUGACUUGAAGCAGAAAGGAAAGGCACUGAUACAUAAGGCCGAGGUUGAACUUGAGACUCCGUACGAACAAGAAGCUAAAAGGCCUGUGAAUGAAGAGGAAGCGCAUGAAUUCUUGAAGUUCAUCAAGCAUAGUGAAUAUAACGUCGUGGAACAGUUAAGCAAACAAUCAGCACAAAUCUCGGUCAUGGACAUCACACCUUCGUAUAAUUGCCUUUUAGGAAGGCCUUGGAUCUACUCUGCUGGGGCAGUUCCUUCAUCCCUCCAUCAAAAAGUGAAGUUUAUCAUGGAUAGUCUUUUGGUCACUGUCAUGGGUGAGGAAGACAUUGUCGCAUCUAUCUCUGCUGAUACACCAUAA